AUGAACUCUCCAGUUUCUGACAAGGUCUUCUUUGACAUCACCAUCGGCGGCAAGCCUCUCGGCAGGAUUACCAUGGGGCUCUUCGGCUCAAUCGUCCCGAAGACCGCGGAGAACUUCAAGAAGCUCUGCACCGGCGAGAUGGGUUUCGGCUACAAGGGCUCUACGUUCCACCGCGUCAUCCCCAAGUUCAUGAUCCAGGGUGGGGACUUCACGAACCAUAACGGCACUGGCGGCAAGUCCAUCUAUGGCGCCAAGUUUCCUGACGAGAACUUCGAGAUCAAGCACUUCGUCGGGUGCCUCUCCAUGGCGAAUGCUGGGCCGAACACCAACGGCUCUCAGUUCUUCCUCACCGUGGCCGACACUGCUUGGCUCGACGGCAAGCACGUUGUCUUCGGGCGUGUCCUUGACGGGAUGGACGUCGUCAAGGCAAUCGAGACUACGAAGACCGGGGCCAACGACAAGCCGGUUGAGAAGGUUGUCAUCGCCGACUGUGGCGUGCUCCAGUAA